ACGUCACGCUCCCUUUCCGCCUUCCCCAAGCGGCCCAACCCACGCGCUGACGCGCACGCAGCGAUUCCACUCGGCUCCGCCGCGCCCCCCAUGGCUGUCGCCACCUCCCACCACCUCGUCGGCGUCGCCCCCGCCGCCUCCCGCCUGCCGCGGCGGGGGCUCCUCCGCUCCCGGGCCGCCUGCCCUGCUCCGCUCGCGGCCGCGCGGAGAAUAUGUUGCCAAUCUGUCAACUCAGCUAAUGUGUUGGGAGCUUCUUCGACGACACCUGAGGAGGCAAUCCCAGUCCCAGUCGUCAUGAUAGAUCAAGAUUCAGACCAUGAUGCGACCAUUGUACAGUUGAGUUUUGGAGACCGUUUGGGGCCACUACUUGACACGAUGAAGGCACUCAAGGACCUUGGCCUUGAUGUCACGAAAGGAACUGUGGCAACUGACUCAGCUGUCACAAAAACAAAGUUCCACAUCAUGCGAUUUGGGCGCAAAGUUGAGGACCCUGACAUGUUAGAGAGGAUACGGCUAACCAUCAUUAACAAUCUUCUGCAAUAUCAUCCUGAAUCAAGCGAGAAGUUAGCAAUGGGUGAAUUUUUUGGGAUAAAAUCUCCUGAGAAGAAGGUUGAUAUUGAUAUUGCAACUCACGUGGUUGUUGAAGAUGAUGGGCCAAAAAGAAGCAUGCUUUACAUAGAGACAGCUGAUCGGCCUGGCCUGCUUCUGGAAAUUAUCAAGAUCAUUGCUGACACAAAUAUUGAUGUGGAAUCUGCUGAGAUCGACACUGAGGGUUUGGUUGCCAAGGACAAGUUCCAUGUGAGCUACAGAGGCGCAAAACUAAACAGCUCCUUAUCUCAGGUGCUGAUCAAUUGUCUGAGCUAUUACCUCCGAAGGCCUGAGACGGAUGAAGACAGCUAUUGAUCGUUAUGUUGUCCCGCCUUCCAAGGACUUCAAAUCAGAAAGCUAUGAAUUCUGCCUUGUGUUCCUUUUCUGCAAAGUGCCUUGCACAUGAAAUCCCCCUUGUAGCAAACAAAAUGUGGUUCCUCUGUUCCCAAAAUGCAUCUAUAUAAAUACUUAGAGAGUUAGAAGAUGGCAAUGGAUUUGGGUAUCGAAUCAGUUGGAUACUGUGUCGUCAAACAGCUGGGAGCUUCAGGUUUAGGUUUCAGUGGCUGUUAUCCCAUUUGAUUCUGAUUGUGAUUGGUAACAUUGGAAUGUACAGUACUCGAUGUCUUGUGUGAUGAAAUAAAGGAGCAUUGCCAAACUACAAGGACAAGCUUGGUUCCUGCUUCCUACCGGAUGUGUUUAGUGCAACCGAUUUGUGGUCGCUAUUGAAAGAAUUGCAUUUGUGCUGACCAUUGGAGAAAUGGGAGAGUAAGCAUGAAUGUUCUGUUCUUCAGUAGUGCAUCUCCCAGGCCAGGCUUCUGCGGCACUGUAAAACCAAACCUUGGCUUCCAUCGAGGUAAAAACCUCGAUUCUUAUGAAGUUUCCUUAAUGCACAACAACAAUGACGGAUAGAUGAUCUUCGAUUUGGGUUAAUUCUAUCUUUGUGUCAUCAUUUCCGAACCCUAGAUUCAUCAGACAGUUUGGCGUGCAAGAAGCAUACGAGAAUUUGAGACAAAAGAUUCUCACACGAAUCUGACUGGAAUUUGGACAGGGUUUCAGAAUCCAGAUGUUCAGUGGCGCUCGCUUACCACAGUAGGGUGAUGAAGCUUGGCAAGAUACUCACACGAAUCUCAAUGCAGAAUCGACGGUGCAGAUCGCUGCGAGCAUCUGUAUCGGCGCGGCGACGCCAGCGCCAGAGGUGAACGUGGCCUUCGUUUCCUCCGAUCCUUCCCUCUCCACCCCCCGGGGCGCCUCCCUCGCUCUUACCAGCCGCCGCCGCCGCCGCCGCCGCUGGCCCCCGACGCUCAACUGCUGGCUACGCCGUCGCUUCCUGGGCAUCUAGGUAGCCCUCUCCGCGUGCCCUCGACUCCAGGUCGGGGGCCGCCGCCUGGGGCGGGCGCGCGCCCUCGACCCCAUCCGGCCGCCCGGCAUCUGGUGGAUGCGCCGCCGGCAUCGCCGCAGGUUCCUUCUCGCCGCCGCCGCCGCCGCGCCGUCAUUCAUGGAGAGGCGUCGCCGGGCGGGACUAGAGCUUUAAUCCAUGCUAUUCAACAUCCCGCACUGCAAAUCACAAGCUCCAGUAGCCGCCGCCGCCGCAGUCGCAGCUUUCCCCAGCCGCUUCUUGUCCUCCUCCUUGCCGGCGCUGGUCCCGCCGCCCCCGCCCCUGCCCGAGGAUAACCCGUUCGCCGCGCUCCUCGCCUCUGACCCUCCGCCGCCGGAGCCUCUCCGCCUGGUGCUCGCCGCGGGCGACGUCCGCUCCGCGCUCCGCGGCCUCCCGGGCCUCGCGCGCCAGCUCUUCCGGUGGGCGGAGGCCACCCCGCGGGGCUUCCCGCGCACUGCCUCCGCGUUCGCCGACGUCCUCGUCCCGCUCGCCCAUGCCAACCACCUCCGGGCCGCCUACCCCGUCUCCCUCCGCGCCCUGCACCUCGGCCUCCUCCUCCCCCUCGUGUCCCUUCUCUUCUCCGUUCCACACUCUCCCUCCAACCGAUCCCUGCUCAGCCUCCUCUUACGAUUGUCCACCAAGUUCCCAGCCCAAUGCGGAGCUCAGGACCCCGCGCCCACCACCUGUUCGACGUUGUGCCUGGCCGCCUUCCGCGAGAUGGCGUGCCACGGCGUGGCCCCUGAUGUCAAGGACUGCAACCGCGUGCUGCGUGUGCUUCGUGACGCUGCCAGGUGGGACGACGUUCGUGCUGUGUAUGCAGAGAUGCUCCACCUUGGAAUUGAGCCAAGCAUUGUGACCUACAAUACUUUGCUGGAUUCUUUCUUGAAGGAGGGAAGGAAGGACAAGGCUGCCAUGCUGCUGAAGGAGAUGGAGACACAGGGGGGUGAUAGCUUUCUGAAUGAUGUCACAUAUAAUGUGAUGAUUAGUUGGCUAACCAGGGAAGGUGAACUGGAGAAGGCAGCAAGGCUUGUUGACAGAAUGCGGUUGUCCAAGAAAGCUUCAUCCUUUACUUACAACCCACUUAUCACAGCAUUGCUUGAAAGGGGUUUUGUGCAAAAGGUUGAAGCUUUGCAGUUGGAGAUGGAGAAUGAGGGCAUUAUGCCUACAGUGGUCACAUACAAUGCUAUUAUUCAUGGGCUGCUUAAAACUGGGCAGGUAGAGGCUGCGCAGCUGAAAUUUGUGGAGAUGAGGGCGAUGGGCUUAGUGCCAGACUUGAUCACAUACAAUUUGUUGAUAAAGGGUUAUUGCAAGGCAGGCUAUUUGAAGGAGGCAUUUUGGUUGCUUGGUGAUUUGAGAUGUGCAGGCCUGGAACCAACAGUUUUGAAAUAUAACAUUCUUAUGGAUGGUUAUUGUAGAUUAGGUGAUUUAGACGAAGCUAGGAGAUUGAAAGAGGAAAUGGCAGAGCACGACUGUAUGCCAGAUGUUUGUACAUAUACAAUUCUCAUGAAUGGUUCAUGCAAGGUGAGGAGCCUUGCUAUGGCAAGAGAGUUCUUUGAUGAGAUGCUGAGCAAAGGUUUGCAGCCAGACUGCUUUGCCUAUAAUACAAGGAUUUGUGCAGAGCUAGCCCUAGGGGCUACUUCCAAGGCUUUCCAGUUGAAGGAGGUGAUGGUGUUGGAAGGAGUAUAUCCUGAUACAGUAACAUACAAUAUUCUUAUUGAUGGAGUGUGCAAGACUGGUAACCUGAAAGAUGCCAUAGAUCUUUGGAUAAAGAUGGUCAAUGAUGGUUUACAGCCUGAUUGUAUCACAUAUACCUGCUUGAUUCAUGCGCAUUGUGAAAGAGGACUCCUAAGAGAAGCAACAGAACUUCUUGAUAACAUGAUCUCAGAUCGUUUUAAACCCUCAGCUGUGACCUACACAGUUUUAAUUCACGCUUACUGUAGAAGAGGAAUCCUUUAUUCAGCAUAUGGUUGGUUUCGAAAGAUGCUGGAGGAAGGAGUUGAGCCUAAUGAAAUAACAUAUAAUGUGCUCAUACAUGGGCUAUGCAGGACAGGCAGAACUCAACUGGCUUAUCGCCAUUUCCAUGAGAUGCUGGAAAGGGGAUUAAUGCCAAACAAAUAUACAUAUACAUUGUUGAUAGAUGGGAACUGUAGAGAAGGCAAAUGGGAAGAUGCAAUGAGAUUGUAUUUUGAGAUGCAUCAGAAUGGUAGCAGUCCAGAUCAUUGCACACAUAAUGCCUUGUUUAAAGGAUUUGAUGAAGGCCGCAUGCACCGCACAAUUGAGUACUUGGAGAAUAUUGUUUUGAGUGAAUAGAUUGGUCUCCCUGAAAGAUUGACCUAUUGUCCUUGCUUAGCGGAUAUGUCCUUGUAAGCACUUCCUCUUGUAUGCAUUAUUCUCUUCAUCGGUGGUUCAUCAUCUAGCUUUGCUCAUUUCUUCAAGCUUUAUUUGCUUUUUGCUCACUCCAGACAUGAUAGAUGGGGUUUGAGAAGGGAAAAGAAAAGAGAGUUUGAGAAGAUCUUCUUUGAGUUAAGUCACUGGGUGCUUUCCAAAUGACUAGUUAAGCAAAAGGAGGUCUUCCACUUGCUGCUCAAGAGAUUGUUGGAGUUGGGGGCAGUUCUGUUAGAAAGAAGAAAAGCAAAUAGUUGAGCAGAAACAAGUCUUCCUCUUGCUCUUAAACCUUGUCAGCAUUCUUUCCUUGGCAUUAUAUACUUUUGCCACUGGAAACUGCGUGGUAGGAAUAUGCUCCAGUUUCUAAAGGCCUCUCAUAGUCUCAUUAUACGAUUCUGUCCCAUUUGGUAUCUUCUUUUGAAGUUUUGAUAAGGUGUAAUGGAAACCUGUCCAUGAAUUCUGGAUGCCAACUAUCUCAAAUAGUAAAUGGCUGUGGGCCUUUUUGUGACUUAGCUUUCUUCAGUUAUACAUAGGAUUUGUCUUGGUAAGAACAUACCAAGAAUUUUUGUAAUAAAUAAUUCUUGUAUCACCAUUAAUUUUGGCAUAGGCAUAAGUGUUAUGAAAUUGACCCCUCAGAUAUAGAACUGUGUUCUCAUUCUUUGCAUCAGUUAAUGAGAAGGUUAUCUCUUAAUUUUA